AUGAACAAACAACAGAAUAAUAGUAGUAGUAAUUAUGGCGAGGAUGUUGCUUCCCGCGUCAACGUCCUCGCCUCUUGCUACGUAGUAGACUCCACCGCCCAGCUCAAGGGCCUUCACUACUGCACUACGGGGGAGCGGAGUGGUAUUCCUGAGGUCCCUACCUCAGGUCUCCCAUCCCCACCAACAAGUCCCCCCCUCGCCGCACUAACCUCGUCCAACGAGCUCGCUCUUCUUCCUAAGCAGAAGAAGCGCGAGACUUCUGGCUAUCGCCAUCGCCAGGAGCGACGAGGGGGGGCAGCGCUAGUGAUCAAGGAAGAAUGUGAGAGAUUCUUUUGCGAGUCCAUGAAGACAGUUUUCCAAGGUGAGCGGAAUCUGUCGAUGAAUGGCUCCGGCUUGACCGGCGCUUACUUGCCAACUCCACCACCCGACAACCAGUUUUCCAAUGCCUUCGGGCAGGCUGCUGAUCUCAAGGCCCAAGGCUUUGAGGUCGAGAGCUGCAUGGAAGUCUGGGACUACGUCGGUGGUGCGAGCUUCCGCGCCUUUGUCGCUGAUAACGGAGAGGAGAAAUCACUCUUCGUCUUCUUCGACUUUGAGUGCGUGAUGAGCAGAGACUUGAAGAAAGCUCUGAUGGCACUCAUUGAACUUGCCGACGGGCCACUGGACUGCGCUCGCAUCGUCAGCUGCAUCGACCGCCGUAUUCCUGUGCAGGAAGCGCUAGAGCUGACCAAGAGCCUCCAGUGGGUUGGCUUUGAAAUGACGACUUUGGACCAUUGGGCCAACGACGUGGACGUAACGAGCCGUACCUGGGUCUUCAUGGCCAUGGAGCUUUAA